AUGUAUUCCACCCAACAUCCCGUUUCCACUCCGAUGAACGGCAUGGGUUCCGAUCUUAUCGAUGGCUCCGGUACCAUCAACCCUGCUGCCUUAAAUACUCCUGUCACUCUUCCACAGACUUCUCCUGCUGCGCCUUCCAUCCCCUCCACCACAACCAGUGCCAAUAUCAACCCCAGCACAAGUCCAAGAGGGACAAAACGAAGCAGAUCGACAGAUCAGUAUAGCAAUCAGCCUGCGGAAGGUGAAAUGGAGGAUGUGCCAGAUGAUCAUGGUCGUCGCAAGCGAGGGCGCCCACCCAAGACGCCAAAAGUCGUGUCAUCCACAAAUCUCGCGGCUCUUCCACCGUCACAAAGACCCAAACAAUCCCCUUCCCAGUCACAUAGUUCCAUUCUCCCUCCUCAACCUAUUCUACAACAUACUACGGCCGCCCCACAGACUUCCCCAACCCCCAAAACAACACCCACAAAGUCACUCAUCAAGGCGCUUCCCACCGUCAGAGAUCACACCACUGACCAGCUAGGGGAGGAGUGUGAUGAAUACAUACCGAAGGAGUUUGAUGAGAGUGGUGAGAAAAAGGUCGACGCGUUGGGAUACCCACAGGACAAGCGCAAAUACAAGUGCAGGACAUUUUGUGUACCAAACCGCGGAAAGAAACUAUUCAUGCUGGCCACAGAAUGCGCUAGAGUGCUAGGAUAUCGAGAUUCUUAUCUUCUAUUCAACAAAAACAGAUCACUCUACAAAAUUAUUGCGAGCCAAGCGGAGAAGGAUUCCUUGAUCCAGCAGGACAUUUUGCCGUACUCCUAUCGCUCUCGACAGAUCGCGAUUGUAACGGCGAGGUCCAUGUUCCGUCAGUUUGGGAGCAGAGUGAUUGUUGAUGGACGACGUGUUCGGGAUGACUACUGGGAAAGCAAGGCGCGAAAGCAGGGCUUCACUGAGGAAGAUAUGGCGGGUGAGAAACGACCUGGAGCGGCCAAGGCUAGAGAUGCUGCUGCGGCGGCGGCGGAAGCUGCAAAUGCUGGACUGAUACCAAACUUGGGUAAGAGCGAUAUCAUAUACAGCAACGGCCCUCAUAUCGACGGCAUGCCACCCGACAUGCCUCCGCAUCCGGCGAAUUUGACACCGCUUCCCAUGAUACACUUGGCGCCAGCAGAUGACCCACGGAUGAGAGAGUUUAAUAGCAUACCUCGACCCAGACAAGAACCUACUGGGCAGCCAUUCCACGACCGUACUCAACCUAGCAGCACUGAUUUCAGCAAAAUUUUAAAUCAACAACGAGGUUAUCGUGCGAAAGGCUUGGAUGAACACUGGAAUAAAAAACGAGACACCCCUGUCUCCAGCCAAUCACCAGCCACUCAGGUAGACCCAACCCCAGGUGUUCCUCAACCGCUACAAUCACCGCAAUUAACAUCCAGUAUGCUUGCUCCCAAUCAGCACUCGAACGUCCUGGCUCAUCCGCAAAUGAUGACUCCCCAACAAUCCUAUUCCCAGCCCGCUUAUCAGCAAACUCCCAUAUCUCAAUCCCCGCUGCGCGGAAUGCCUCAAGGAAUGCGCCCUGAUCAGCUCCAGCAUCGCUCGUCCACCAUCUCCCUCACCUCUGCCGGCUCAAGUCAGGGUUCGCCAUACUCGUACUCCCAGGGUCAACAGCUGUGGGGUCAACCACCGCCACAGCUACAACCAUCUCCCCUCUCCACCUCCCAUACACUCAGCAUGUCACAGUACACCCCACAAAUUCAUCCGCAACAGCAACAGCAACAAUCUCCCUCACCCCACCUACAGAACACCCAACCCCACCACCAUUCCCAGUCUCCGCGCCACCAGCAUCGCCCUACACCUUCGCAGCUCCACUCACAGCCUCAACCAUCAUCCCAACAGCAGCAGCAGCAGCAACAACAACAACAACAGCAGCAGCAGCAGCAGCAACAGCAGCAACAACAAAAUCUUGCAGCCAUGGGCUACCCGGGCGUCUCGACGGCACAAGCAUAUUCUAAUAUGGCAGCCGCGCGCGCCAUGUACCCAUCGUCUCAAGGCCCUGCUGGCUCGCAGCAGUUUAUGUCCGGCCCCCACCAGCAACCGUCAGUGCUGGGGAUGGGCAUGGGGACCAGCGCACCGUUGCCGGGAUGGCCUAGUACGACGGCGGGAGGGCCGUUGCAGCCUGGUGGCCAGCAGCAGCCGGGGCAACCGCCUAGUGGAUGGCCGUCGACGUAUUAA